AUGAAUUGGCUUGGCCUCCUCAUCCUGCUGACCGUGGCUGGGCUGGCGCAGAGCAUCCAGUACACCUGCGGAGGGAGCUGUGGGUUCCGAGUUCCGCCACCUGUCAACAUCCCCAUGACUUAUUCCUACGGCAAUGUGGCUUAUGACUACGGCAUGACACGCAUCGUGGGUGGUGCCGGUGCCGCAGUAGCAGAAUGGCCCUGGCUCGUCAGCAUCCAGCACCCAUGGGUACCAGGCCUGGGACAUUGGUGUGGAGGUUCCCUCAUCACUGCAGAUUGGGUCCUCACAGCAGCCCACUGCUUCGACAAGUUUGAUAACAUCAGCCUUCUGUAUGUGGUGAUUGGGGCCACCCAGUUGUCUCAGCCGGGCCCUGGGGCACAAGUGCGCAAUGUCAAGAAGGUGGUGAUACACCGCAACUACAAGCGUAGCGACAUGAGCAACGACAUUGCCUUGAUGCAAUUGGACCGUCCUGUCCUGUGCAGCUCAUACAUCCAGCUGGCCUGCCUGGCUGAACCCACCCUAAGUGUCUCAGAGCUGAGAAACUGCUGGAUUGCUGGCUGGGGGGCCACUACUGCAAGAAGUCUAGAUUCAGCUGAUCACCUUCAGCAGGCCAAGGUCAAGCUCAUUGAUCUCCAGCUAUGCAACAGCAGUGACUGGUACGCAGGAGAAGUCCAUCCCUACAACUUGUGCGCUGGAUACCCACAGGGCACCAUUGACUCCUGCAAGGGUGACAGCGGUGGUCCUCUCAUGUGCCAGGACAACAACGCUGCCUACUGGUGGGUCAUCGGAGUGACCAGCUGGGGGGAAGGCUGUGCCAGAGCAAGGCAGCCUGGAGUCUACAGCUCCGUUCAGCACUUCUAUGAAUGGAUCGAUUAUAAUAUGCGUAUAAACGCAGUUAAAAGUGCUCCUUGA